UGUGCUGUGUGACCUACAAUUUUAGGGAGGCAUGUGUAAUUAACUGGAAAAAAAAAGGGUGGACACCCCCGAGGAACAUCACCGUAUAAAACUUCGAAGGAAACCUGAGUGGAAAUUGGUGGGAAAAAAAAGGAAGAAAUAGGAGAAGAUUGAGGAGUAUGCCGGUGUCAAGACCAGAGUUAUCGGAUUCCAGAGUUAUUGCUCAUGUCGACAUGGAUUGCUUCUACGUUCAAGUGUGCUAUUACUGUGCACCUUACCAGUAUGUCCAGGGGACGGCUGAAGAUGGAGGACAACAAGGCUACCAAAAGACAAGGAUGUUAAUGCUGGGAAGCAAAAACAAGCUGAUGUGGGUGCAAAACAUGGAACCGGUAUUGAGACUGAGCCACGACCAAGAUUCCAAACUGGAGUGGGGUAGUUUUACACCUCCAUAUGGAGUGGCAAAUAUCAGGAAUGGCUCACCUGUAGCUCUUAUCAGCUCUGGGAGUUCUAAUCAGUGCAAUACAAUUCAGGCCUUCAGCAUGACGUGUUUUGCAUAUUCAUUCCUGUCAAGAAGAAGUGUCGAAAUGGUCACUAUCAAAGUUGAAGUGUACUUGACAAAGCAUGCCAAGUUUAAGGGGCUAUCUAAUCGAGCAGCGAAAGCAACAGAGUCUAAGAGGUCAACCCACUGCUGUUGUACAGUACAAUUCUUGGCAAGGCGGGGGACUGAUCGCUGUUAGUUAUGAGGCUCGUAAGUUUGGGGUGAAGCGCUCAAUGCGAGGUGAUGAAGCAAAGAAAGUUUGUCCGGAGAUACAUCUUGUUCAAGUCCCAGUUGCCCGUGGUAAAGCUGAUCUUAAUUCUUACAGGAAUGCAGGCUCAGAGGUUGUCACCAUACUUUCUAGAAGAGGUCGAUGUGAGCGCGCUUCAAUUGAUGAAGUGUACUUAGAUCUCACUAUAGCUGCGGAAGCAAUGUUGGUAGAUAAUCCUCCUGAGUGCCUGGAAACUAUCAGUGAAGAAGUCGUGAAAUCACAUGUUUUGGGUCUUGAGGAAGAUGGUAGCAAUGCCAGAGAGAAGGUCGGACAUUGGCUCACUAGAAGUGACGCUAGUCGCCGUGAUAAGUUGUUAGCCUGUGGAGCUUUUAUUGUUGCAGAACUUCGGCUGCAAGUAUUAGAAGAGACUGAGUUCACUUGUUCUGCAGGCAUUGCUCAUAAUAAGAUGCUGGCCAAACUUGCAAGUGGAAUGAACAAACCUGCUCAGCAAACUGUGGUGCCUUUCUCAUCCAUCUGCAAAUUACUCGGAAUGUUGCCUAUAAAGAAAAUGAAACAGCUGGGAGGAAAACUUGGAACUUCUUUGCAAAUUGACUUGGGUGUGAAAACUGUUGGGGAUCUGCUUCAGUUUUCAGAAGAGAAGCUACAGGAAUAUUAUGGAGUAAAUACUGGUUCUUGGUUGUGGAAUACAGCGAGGGGCAUUAGUGGAGAAGAGGUCAAGGAACGCCUUCUUCCCAACAGCCAUGGAUCAGGAAAGACUUUUCCUGGACCUCGAGCUCUUAAAACUGUUCCUUCUGUUGAAAAGUGGCUUAGUGAACUCUGCGAAGAACUUAGUGAACGUCUUCAGUUUGAUUUAGAACAGAAUAAGCGCAUUGCACAUACUCUUACUCUACAUGCUCACGCAUACAAGUCAAAUGACAUAGAUUCGUUCAAGAAAUUUCCAUCAAAAUCGUGUCCUCUAAGGUACGGGACUUCCAAGAUUAAGGAAGAUGCCCUAAUCCUGUUUCAAGCAGGAUUGCGUGAAUAUCUUGGUCUGUACAAUUUUAAGAUUUCUGGAAAUCAAAACAGUGGCUGGGGAAUAACUGGUCUUUCUGUUUCAGCCAGCAAAAUAAUAGCUAUACCAUCAGGUACACGCUCUAUUAUGAAUUAUUUUCAUAACCAACAGGAAACUUGCCCUCAGGUUAAACUAUCCAGCGAAAAACUAAUCCAAGAUGCUCCACUUUUGUCACCUUCAGAAAACUGUAUAGAAAAUGGAGGUCACAUGACAUUGCAGUCAAUAGAGCCAUGGAUAUCAUGUUCUGAGGAAGAUGAAGAGACUAAACAUUCCUUGCCACUGGACAGACAGUUGGACAAAGAGAUGUGUAAAGAAAAGCUGCCAGACAAAGAGACUUCAAUAUGUUCUUCACCAGAUGCUGAAGUGUACCGGGGAUGGGAGAAAGAUCAGACUGAAUCAAAUGGGGACUACCUUACCGAAAAGAUUAGAGAUAGUUUAGAGUCGGAGGAAGGGAAGAGGAAGUUGAAUAAAGAAAAGGGAAUGUCAACAAUCUCGCGAUAUUUUCAAAGUCAAAACUCUGGCGAUCUCUUAAAGGUAGAACAUGCUAGUACUAGUAAGCUAAGCGAGUCCCCCUCCUUGUCAGACCAUCAAAGUGAACCACCUCAAGAAAAUUCACCUGCAAGAGGUGAGUCUAGUGUUGAUGCUCGUCUUUGUAGCCAUAUUAAACUGAAAAGGCCUGCCUGGAGUUACGACAUUGAUGAGAUUGACCAGGAUGUCUUGAAUGAGUUACCAAAACAAAUUCAAGAAGAGGUACAGGCAUGGCUCAGGCCACAGAAGCGACCUCAUACAGUCAAAAGGGAUUCGGGUAUUGCUCGUUAUUUCUUACCUGCAAAGAAUAAAUAGAUGCCAACAAACUUCUUGUAAAGAGGUGGAUGAUUUCCGAGGCCUGUCUGGAGCGUCGUGCCUAGAUUAAGUUGAAUCCUAACAAGUUUGUUAGUCUUCAUAUUCAGUCCACAUAUAAUAUCCUGUUGGCGUUGAAUAUGCCCGUUAGUUCCUGGGAUUGCGUAGCACAUAAAUCACUACUUCUACGAGAUCAGCAUGAAGCUGUAGACGAUCAUAUGACACUUAUUUAGAGGGCGAUAUUUGUGUAUGCAUUCGGUGAGUAUUGCCUGAGGAUAUAUAUGUAUAUUCUUGAAAAUGAAGAGUAAUAUGUAAAUGUUAUAAUGUCAAAUUGUCAAUUACAUCGUAUGGACAA